AUGUCGAAACAAGAAUUAAGCCAAGAAGAGUACGAUAUAAUAAUCGAAGAUGCCAGAUACGGUGAUCUAGAGGCUUUGCAGGAAAUUUUCGAAGAGUUGGAUGGUUCAUAUCUUCUCCAAGUCAAAGAUGAACAUACAUUCACAAAUCCAAUUCAUAUGGCUGCUGCUAACGGUCACUUUGAGGUUGUUAAAUACUUGCUAUCCAAACUAUCAAAAUCAGAUGCUACCAAACUAAUAAAUGCUCAAAACAGCGAAGGAAACACAUCACUACAUUGGGCAGCAUUGAACGGCCAUUUACAAAUUGUUGAACUAUUUUGUGAUGAAUACGAAGCUGAUGCAUUUAUAAAGAAUAAAUUCAACCAUGAUCCAAUCUUUGAAGCUGAAAAUAGUAAUAAAGAUGAAGUUGAAACCUACUUCUUGAAGAAAUUUGAUGUUGAACCAUUGGGAGAUAGUGAAGGUAAUGUUAAUAUUAGUGUGAGCAAUAAUGAAAAUGUUCAAGUUAAGCCUGGUCAAGAAAUUGAGCAAAUUUCCAAAGAAAAGAUUGAUAGUCUGCAGUCAAAUGAAGAGUUCAUAGAGGAAAGAACAAAGAAUUUAAAUUUAUAG